UCUCAUCAAAAGCAGCGAAGAAGAGGAGGAAGAGUGGAGAGAGAGAGAGAGGAGAUGUUGUUUCAGGUGGGAGGCCAAGGUACGCGGCCGACAUUUUUCGAAAUGUCAGCCGCCCAGCAGCUGCCGUCAAGUGUACGCGCCGCCCUCACUUACUCGCUUGGCGUAUUUGCUCUGAGAAGACCCUUCAUUCAUAAAAUCUUGGAUUAUGAAGACGAGUUUUUUGCCCUGCUUAUGCUAGUCCUUGAAACUCACAGUUUGCGCACUACAGAUGCUUCCUUUUCAGAAUCAUUAUAUGGCUUACGGCGAAGGGGUGCUAAGAUUAAAUUGAAAAAGAGCAACUUGCUUACAAAUUCCGCUGAUGAGGUCCGUCACACGGGCUUGCGUAAACGUCAAAAAGUGCUUUCAGUUGUAUUUCUGGUUGUUUUACCGUAUUUGAAGUCAAAACUCCAAUCAACCUACAACAGGGAAAGAGAAGCUAAUCUGCAGGCAAGUCUUUGGGGAGAUAGCGAUGAAAGGUUUGAUGGUGACUUUGUUAGUAGAGACAAUGAUUCCUUUGGGUCAAGGGAUGGCUCAAAUAUUGAAGCAUCAGCUAGACAUCGAUGCAUCAAGAGGGUAAGGAAGAUUGUUGGUGCUUGCUACCCUUGGCUGCAUGCUGGAAAUGAAGGAUUAUCUUUUGCCUAUCAGCUAUUGUACUUGUUGGAUGCCACUGGGUUCUACUCUCUGGGGUUACAUGCACUUGGCAUUCAUGUUUGUCGAGCAACUGGUCAAGAGGUGAUGGAUACAUCUUCCAGAAUUUCAAAAAUAAGAAGUCGUGAACGAGAGAGAUUACGAGGCUCCCCUUGGCUAAAGGCACUACAAGGUGGUUUACUCACCUGUGCAUAUGCAGUUCUUGACUAUGCCCAGACUGGUUUGAUUGCAGCUGUAUUUUUCUUCAAAAUGAUGGAAUGGUGGUACCAGUCAGCUGAAGAAAGAAUGUCAGCCCCAACCGUAUAUCCUCCUCCUCCUCCACCACCGCCUCCAAAGGUUGCGAAAGAGGGGAUUCCACUACCUCCAGAUAGGACACUAUGCCCGUUAUGUUUGCAGAAGCGUGCAAACCCAUCAGUAAUGGCUGUUUCAGGAUUCGUGUUUUGCUAUACCUGUGUAUUCAAAUAUACCAAUCAGGAUGCUCAAUGGAUGUUGAGUUCUUUUAACGUUGUUAAUAUUCUUCGUGCAGUACAAACGCUGCCCGGUCACAUUGAUGCCCGCGUCAGUUGAUCAAAUUAGGAGGCUAUUUCAUGAUGUAUAAUAGAUAUGCUUUUCCUUCACCAAUUGGACACUUAGCUGCAGCUAUUUAACAAUUACAGUUCUACAAGUCGAGCCUUCGUGGCCACUGCCCGGUCAUAUCGGACCUACAAUGAACGCUGAUAUCGGUUCUCAUCUUCACGGCUGCAGCAUUUACAGGAAGAUUGUGCUGAAAUCUUUCCUCCUAAACUAUUCUCUCCAACCGAAGAUAUGUAUAAUGCCAUUUGCUUAGCUUUUGUAGAUUAAAUUUAAUCAAUUUUACAUUCUUGUUCAAUAAAAGUAAGAAUAUGGGCAGAAACUCCAUUUA